AUGAAGAACAAUGGUAAAAAUCCUAUUGAUUCUUCAAUUCAUGUCAAUUCUGAUGAAGAUAGAGUAUAUGUCAACUCUCAUGAAGAAAAUGUAGAUGUUAUGAAGGUUGUGACUUGGGAGGCUAGUGAAGAAUUUGAUGUUGGACUUUCUCCAUUUACAGAUGUCCAAAGAAACUGUGAAGAAAUCGGUUUGGUAGAUGAUAUUGAAACUCAUGUAAUUGACGAUUCAACAGGCUACACAUCGAACAAUGAGAUUCAGAAUGAUGAAAGUCCAGCUAUUGAUCAAGCAGGACAGGGYUUAUCAAUAUCACCAGGUGGUACUAAUUGGUAUACUCCAGUAGUCGAAGAAGUUAUCAAGCCCGUUAUAGGAUAUGUGUAUCCGUCAUUGGAUGUAGCAGAAUCGAUAUACCAAAAAUAUGCUGAGUCGGCUGGUUUUGAGGUACGGCGAUCAACCCAAAAGAUUAAUCCAGAUGGUGUAAUACAGAAUAAAUACUUCGUAUGUAGUAGAUUUGGUUUGCCAUUGAAAAAGUCGUUUGAUUCAAUGGUACGCCGUAAACAUCAAAGAGAAUUGCGGAACUCCAAUAUAAAAAGGAUAGGGUGUACAACAAGUGUUAAGUUCCGAUUGAUGAAAGGAACAACAACAUAUGAAUGUUACGGUUUUGAAGAGGAUCACAACCAUUCACUUUUGAGACAUGAUGAUAUGGAUUUGACAAGAAAAGGACGCCAAAUGAAAUUUUCAGAUCAGCGAUUUGUUCAUGAUGCCGGAAUCUCAAAUAUGGGUGCCACACGGGCGCAUAAGUUGCAUACAUCUCUAAGAGGAGGGUACAAAUACGGUGGACCAACAAUUGUCGAUUAUCAAAAUUAUAAGAGGGACUGUGACAAUUUUGUCGGUCGUGGUGAUGCAAAGGUGUUGGUUGAUUUGAUGACAAAGAAGAGGGAUGCUGAUCAUAAUUUCUUUUUCGAGUACAAUUGUGUUGGUAGCGAGUUGCAUACUAUCUUCUGGGUUGAUGAAGUAGCUCGAUUCAAUUAUUCUGAAUUUGGAGAUGUAAUAUCUUUUGAUGCUACAUUCCGAACAAACAGACAUUCGAUGGUUUUUGUGCCCUUCACUGCGGUUGACAAUCAUAACUGUAAUGUCGUCGUUGGAUCGGCUUUGGUUGGACAUGAGCAUGUUCCAAAUUACAAGUGGCUACUCCAAGCAUUUCGGAAAGCACAUUCAAAACCCCCUAUGAUGAUUCUUACCGACCAAUGUCCUGCGAUGAAGCAAGCCAUUGCAUCAGUCUUUCCAGAUUCAAGGCACAAACUUUGUAUUUGGCACAUCAUGAAUAAAGUUCCGAACAAGUUUAGUUACGAUCUUCUUAAUAAUACCACGUUUAAGAAACAAAAUUUCAAGCUUGUAUGGAACAUUCACAUAUCACCUGAUGAGUUUGAGAGUAGAUGGAUGGUUCUUAUCCAGGAGUUCUCCCUUCAAGAUCAUCCAUGGUUGAAAGAUAUGUUCGCUCUAAGAUCCCAGUGGAUACCCGCGUAUUUUAAAGAGCUUCCAAUGUGUUGCCUCAUGAAGACAACAUCCAGGUCAGAAAGUGCGAACUCAUUCUUUAACUCUUUUUCAAAAAGUGGAAACAAUCUUUUUCAGUUUAUGUUGGGGUUUGAAUUUGCAUUGGAGAAACAACGACGGGAGCAACGUCGUCUUGAUUAUCACACGAGAACUACCUUACCUAAAUGGUUGACCUAUAGCCAGUUGGAGAGGCACGCCUGUGAGAUUUACACGCAUUCUGUAUUUUUUGAGGUGCAAACCGAGAUACACAGGGCUGCGUGGACAUGUUCAAUUAAGAGUGUCAAUUCAAAUGAGGAAGCAGAAACAUAUUUAAUUGAACAUUUAGACAAAAGAGAUGAGAAAAUAGCAGAGUAUAAGGUUGUUCGGAACUUGAAGGAGUCUACCGUUGUUUGUAGUUGCAAUCACCAUCGGUCGUCAUGCCGUCAAAGAAUAUGCGACGUAGGCGAGGAUCAACGGAGAAUAAUUAACGAUACAUAUGAAAUCGUCGAUGAUGUGUUGGAUAUAUUAAGAAAUGACAAAGAAAAACUAGAAUCAUUUGUGGUUAAACUCAGAGAAAUGAGAGAUGAUGUAGCCAAAGAUCGCACAUAUGAACCUUCAAUGAAACGUAAAGAGCGUGGAAUAGAACAAAUUCUUGGUUUUACAAGACCUGAUAACAUUGAGAUACAUCCUGCUACCGGUAUAAGAAACAAAGGUUGUGGUACGUCGAAAAGAUUGAUUGGUGCAGCUGAGAAAGCAGCAGUGAAUAGUAGCAGGCCUAAGAGGAUGUGUAGGGGAUGCAAUAUGCUGUCUAAUCAUGAUAUCCGUAACUGUCCAAAUAAGAAAAAGUAG